CUCAUGUUUUUGAAGGAGUGAAUUAUAAAAACUUUCUCUUUUGUUCACAUGCUAUAAUUAACAUAUAUUUUUUUCUCUAUCAAGCUCUCACUAUCUUUAAGACAACCUAAACAAGAUAAACCAAACACAUAAAAACUCAAGACGAAAUAGUUAAAGACGAAGUGUCUUAAAUUUUAUGUGAAUGAACUGUAUGUAGUUUAUCUUUUGUUUGUUUUGUUGUUGUUGUUGUUUGUUUGUUUGUUUGUUUUUUAUUUGUUUGUUUUGUUUUGUAUUCAAAAAUUAUGUUUAUAUGUCAAUUUUAAUCAUGUUUUAGGGUCAGUUUAAUACAAUAAAGAAACUGGGUACUAUUUUACAAGUUGUGUCUUCUUUCUUAACACUUUUAAAUGAUUCAAUACAAAAAAUAAAAAGCUUGCUUUUGUUUAGUUUUUUGCAAUUAAGACAAUAUCCUGUUAAAGAUGUGUAUACACUUAAGAUUUAUUACUGAUGAAGGCAUACUUGUUUUUUUUGUGUUUUUUUGUUUUGUUUUGUUUUGUUUUUGCACUAGGAGCGUUUAGCACUGUGUAUCUGGUAUCGUACUUUGAAAGAAUUAAUUAGACACGCACUUAUCUUCUCCCACUGAAUGUUUACUGAUUUCGUUAAAAGAAUUAUAGUUCCUCUUUUCAGGACUUUUUUCCUUUAAUAUAUAAAAGGAGAAUACGGUUAGGUUUUUUUGGAGAGUGUUUUGUAAUUUGACUAAUGAUAGAUCUUGGAGGAAGAAAGGCAGAUUAAUAUUACAAGUCCCGUGAUACACUGUGAACUUUAACACUGACUCUCUCAUUUAAACCCUUAAAGAUAAGAAAAAGAGUAAUGGUUGAUGAAUUUAACAAGAAGGCGCAUGCGCAGACGCAAGCAAGAAAUGAGCUAAUGGAACCAACUACUUCACCACCGCCACUUUCAGACCGAGCGAAGGUUUUACCUGAUAAGAUAAUUUCACCACCACAAUUGUCGAAUAAAGUUCCUUCCGAUAAGGUUAAUUUUGUCAAUUUAAAUGUUUCGUACUACGUGAUGAAUAAUUCUAAUCAUGAAAAACCUCCACACACGCAAUUGUCAAAAAAGAUCAGCUUACGGAUGGUUCCAAACAAAAAAAAGAAAGUGCGUGAGUUCGCAGAUCGGUUGUAUGAUUACCAGAAGAUCUGUUUUGACAAAACCAUUGCUGACUGCCAGGACUACUUUUUAGAAGAGUCAUGGGAGGACGUAAUGUCGAACAACAAGUCCAUGACGCAAAACAUGCGACUUCAACAGCAAGCACUAUGGGAAUUUUUAACCACUGAAAGGAAUUACAUAAAGAAAUUGAGGAUCGUGGUUCAGGUGUUUCAACAAUCUUUUAGGAUUAUCCAAAGCCAAGGGGAUCUCGCAGAAAUAAAGCACGAAAAUAUUUUUGGCAAUAUUAAUGAGGUAUUAUUGGCUAAUGAUCAAUUAUGGACUAGCCAUAUGAUUCCUGUGAUAAACGAGGCAAGGAAAACUCGAAACCGAAUCAGACCAACCACUCUAUUGGCUUCGUUUUACAAGGUUGACGAAUUCUUUCAGCCAUACGUCAGCUUUUGUUUAAGACAAGACGCCUGUUUGGAGUACCUUCGUGAAUUAACAGAAGUACAAGAAACAAAAAGAAGCGAAAAGAGCAAAAAUUUUACGGAGUAUUUAAGGUGGUGUCAAAGCCUUCCACACGCGCAACGAUACAUACUGAGAGACUUAUUGACGGAACCAAUGCAACGAAUAACAAGAUAUCCCUUAUUGUUGAAGAAGAUAACGAAAGGUACAAAAAAUGAGAAAGAAAAAGAGGAGUUGCAUAUUUUGCUUAAAAAAGUGGAAGAAUUUAUAUCAAACAUCAAUAAAACACUUCGUAAAAAGUUUGAAAGAGAAAAACUGGACAAAUGUUUGAAUCAGUUCGAAUAUUAUACAACAAUGCAAGCAGCGAAUGAAGAAGUGAAAUGGACGGCCAUAGAUUUUCUUCGCGUGGAUAUUCAGAACUUACCCACAAAAGAGCAACGAUGCGUACUGAAGAACGGACCAAUGAAAUUGAUCGAAAAAAAAGCGCGCAAUGAAACAAACGUGGAAGGUUUUCUAUUCACAGAUAUAUUUCUGAUGGCUAGACACAAGAAGAGCGCUAGCACAUUCCGUUUAAUCCGUCAGUUGUUUCAUUUGGAUAAGGUCAAACUGAUCAAAUCUGAGGUCUCCGAUAAUUGCAUUGUUUUUAUUUACUUGGAUGAGUUUGGAUUGCUGCAAACAACCUUCUUGUUGGAGGUAAAUGAAAACGAAAGAGACGUAUGGGUGGCAGCUAUCGAAAAAGCGAGAAGACGAUAUCAAAACGCAAAAAAUGGUAGAGGUUCAACAUUAGAUUUUUUUCAAGAUGCAAAUACGACGGCAACAGACACAGAUUUAAAAGUACUCUCACCGUCUCACAGCACAGUGAGCGAUAGUUCUUUUUUUGACAAACCGCAAAAUAAUGGAGCUUUGAAUGCUGACCAAAAUGUCAGAUCAAGUGAUACACCAAAUGAUAUAAACAGAGACAUGUCGUCAUCUCAGCCGCCUUUUGAAACUAUUCCAGAAAACCACAUUGCAUCAUGGGUACUAGACAGUCACAAAAAUUCACAAUUGGGCGUCGACUACAUACCUAAUGGUAAUCGUCUAGGAGACAGCUUUCGUAGUCAUAAGUCGGAAAGUGAUGCGAUAAAUAAUUCUUCCGGUGGCAGGCAGCUACGGAAGUGCAACAGUGUACCAGAAAUUGCUAAUCUUGACAAUAUUAACGAAAUAACACAUCAAGAAACGAACCUGGUAAACGAAAACAAAAAAUCAGAAAGAGCAACAACUCCGACUAAUCUAAGUUCUGGCUCAGAUAGCAGUGGUACCUUCCAAACAUCAAAUGAAAAUAAAAAUAACAAAGAUAAAAAUAACGAUCUAAAAUCCGACAAAACACUGACGUCAAAUACACGUCAUUUGAUCCAUGAAGCAGUCGAAUUAAAUUCAUUACAUUCAAACAAAAAACAAUUUGUGUCUGUACAUACGCAAACUGAUGAUCAUUCGCAAUGUACGGAGGAAAAGCGCAGUACAGAAGUAGCUGCUUCAUACAGAAUCGAUAUGCAGGAACAACAACAACAAACCAAUAUCUCGUUUAGCACGAGCAUGUUCCACAAGGAAAAUGAUGAAUACGAUGACGUUGUGAUUCAACCACGAAAUGGUAUUGAUGUCACCAAUAAUGACUCGUAUUAUGCAGAAAAUUAUCUAGACAACAUAUGAUUACACUCGCCAAAAAUCUCUAACAAUGGAAAAAUACGCAUGAUUUUAAUAGGUAACUGGCUACCUCAUCCGCGUAAAAAAAAACAGGACUGUAGGUGACAGCUAGACUUGAGGGCUAGGGAGAAGCACUUUAAUCUCUUUGAUCGGGUGAAAACACGUCUUCUGCAGAAGUCUCUUCCCUAUUUACAAUGCAUGAUCGACAACAAAAAAUCUCAGACCGGCCCUGCUUUAGUACUCUUCAUAGUUUUUUUGUAAGCAAACACAGUCUUGAUUUUCUUCAUAUGACAAACCAACUGUGACUUAAUAAAUUAAGGUUAAUAACAGGGAAUAAAAGAUCAACAAUUGUUUCUGAGAUAUUUCUUGUCCUAACAGUUGAAAGAAAUUCCUACUAAUUUCGACAAAAAUUGAUUUCAAACUUUUUCUUCUUGAGAAGAUAGCCAAAUAGUAACAAGCAAGCAACAUUCAAACCUGCAAAAAAAGGGAAAUUUAACUGACCAGCACUGUGCUAAUUUUUUAAAUAGAUUCUGAUAAAAAUAAGCCAGUGUUUGCAGAGUUAACAAUACACAAGCUUUUAUGAGCAACAUAAUCUUGACUGAGUCUUAAUAUUGCUAGAGUUCUAUAAUUUACAGGCUUGAAUGUUGCUCACCCUUUGCUUAUUGACUAUCUACUAGCAACCUCGACCCCAGGGUAUCUUGUGUCUUUUUUAGCACAGGUUUAUCGAUACGAGCAUCGAUGUCGGAAAAGAUACAAGAUACCCAGGGAACGAGGUUUUAUCUACUAGGCGAAACCAAAUCCACACCAAUACGUUAUCAGUUGGAUUGGUGUGGAUAAAAAUCAAACUUCUGUUUUGUUGUUGACAUAACUUUUAGAACAAACAAAGAACAAAAAAAGCCUGAUGAACUAUUGUUGUUUUCAUAAUCUCUUUUGUUUGUUCCUUUUCUUUUUUUAUGCACUAACUUAACGCUGGCUCUGUUUCACAAAAUGCUUGCUUUGUUGAAAGGUCUCACGUUCUUUAUGUUGCUUGUAUGCCAAAAAGAAUGUGUAGCUUCUGCAAUAAUAAUAAAAAUUCUUAUCGAAAUUUUUAAUGUUUUUCUUUGAUAAUAGAAUUUUUUUAUUUAAAUUUGUAAAUAUGAGCAGGUUUGUAUAAUUUACUCGAAAAUACAUACAUUUUGUCAUA